AUGUCGGUACCACCGGGCUUUGAUCGAAAAAGCUACAGCGAUGAAAACCCCGACAAAGGGAAAGAAAACCUGCUGGUGUGGAGCAACGGCCACAAUCGACGUUAUUUAAGAAUAAUAAGCAGGUAUCGCGACGUUGUUGCUGCACAAUUUGCCGGACACAGACACGAGGACACAUUUCGUUUGGUGUACAACAGAAAAGGAAAAGCCGUUUCCGCAGUGCUUCUUGCUCCGGCGAUGAGCCCGCGCUUCGGCAACUAUCCAGCGAUUAGAAUCUAUAUGUACGACAAGCACAGCGGCAAACUGAUCGACUACGUGCAGUACUACUUCAACUUGACGAAGGCAAACCUGGACGCGGACAUGACGAGACCUGAAAAAUACUGGGAAGUGAGCUACUCGUUUCGUGACUUUUACCGACUUCCAGACGCGACUCCGUCCAGCUUUGAAAAGCUCGUUAAAAAUUUGCAAACCAGCAACGUCGUUUUUGACCGGUAUCACAGCAACGCCGAAGGCCGUGUGAAUCACGAACCAGCCUGUGAUUAUCGCUGCAAAUUGAUUUCGUUGUGCGUCAUAACGAGCCUCGACUUCGGGAGUUUCUCCGAGUGUGUUUCCGGAAAAUUUGCGGCCGACCAAAUUCGCACUCGACAUUCGGUCCGACCCCUUCCGAAACCUCUGCGAGAUCGCCUCUUCGGUCGUUUCAACCCCGUCUCCUCAUCCCCAACCCCGCCAUCUGUUAAUUUUAUGGUAAUAAUAAUCACAGUUUUCGUCGCGGUGUCUCUGCGGUGCUAA